AUGACAUUUGAUGUCUCUACCGAUACCCCUGGUGGUCAUGCGCCGCAAGAACACUCCCUCGACCCCAGUCCACUCUCCCUCUCAGCUCUCCCCUCCGAGAUUCACUCCCUCGUCUUCUCAUUCUACAUCUCCACGACACAUCCCGGCAGCAAAGCCUUCACCAACCUCCUCUGCCUUAGUCGCGCUAUCCACGACGAGAAUAUCAACAGAGUCUACGACAAGAUUGUCUUGACGAAAGACAAAUCUCAGACCGGGUUGAGAUCGCAUACCAAGGCGGAAGGACGCGCGACUGGUACUGGCAUCUCUGUCAGAACAUGGCUGGGGCGAGAGGCGAAUCUGGAUCGGAAGAGAGGCGUCACCUUUGUCGAUGCCUACGCUCUGCUCGACACUGCUCGUUUCUUGAUCGAACACGGCUGGGCGAGAUGGCAGCGAAGUCUCUGUGCCCAAGAAGAAUAUGUGAAAUCGCCCCAAUGUCUCUUCCAGGAUCUCCACCAUGUCACCUACCCCGCAUCACUCUUUGAUGGUACGCCCGUCUCUCGGGUAGCUUGGCAGACGUAUCAUGAUCGCUCGGUGAAUGCCCGUCAUGUGUGUAUCGAGCUGCCUGCUGUGCUGCUACCCAAGACAGCAGCCGAUGCGCUGCGAUCCUCGAUUGUUUAUCAGACACCCAAUCCUGUGACGCUGACAGUGCACAAUUGCUCCUCACCUUACGAUAUACCGUUGGUGGAUGUGAUCACAUCUAACAUCCGUGUCGGAAUAUUCUUGCAGAGUCCGAGGGGCAUUGGAUUGCGUCCCGAGGAUGUUUGGGCAGUAGAACAGUCCCAGGAAGACGAGCUCUACGAGUAUUUUGAAAACGUGUUUAGUAAAAUCGCGUUGGUGUACCCCAACUUCGUCGUUCAUCAUUCGCGCUCGAGCAACUUUGUUUAUCACCUGGUGGAGGAGGCCGUCGGUGAGGCCGGUGAGGUCGGUCUGGAUUUGAUAACCCAGGACACAUAUGACAUGAUUCUGGAUGAGAAGAAGCUGUUGGUCUAUUCAAAUGAGGAGUGUGUGGCACAUGAGGCAGUGGAAUGUCUCUGUGGGCUGAAGGUGUAUCGGUCGGAGGCGAUAGAAGAUUCGGACGUGGACGAGUGA